AUGUCGGGCAAAGGAAAAGUUCACGGAGGAAAGGGAAAAUCGAGCGACAGCGCCAAGGCGUCCACUUCACACUCGGCCAGAGCAGGAUUGCAAUUUCCUGUGGGAAGAAUUAAGCGUUAUUUGAAAAGAAGCGCUCAAAAUAAAGUGCGGGUUGGUUCGAAAUCCGCCAUUUAUCUCACGGCCGUGCUUGAAUACUUGACAGCUGAGGUGUUGGAGUUGGCCGGAAACGCCGCCAAAGACUUGAAGGUGAAGAGAAUCACACCCAGACAUUUACAGUUGGCAAUUAGAGGAGAUGAAGAGUUGGACAACUUGAUUAAAGCCACCAUCGCGUACGGAGGAGUGUUGCCCCACAUCAACAAGGCUUUGUUAUUGAAGGUGGAGAAGAAGAAGCAGCAGAAAUAG